UUUUCUCUCUUCCCCCAGCUGGCAUGCCAAUUUGCGAAAUGGCCAAAGGGAACACUCCUAUUUACAAAUGGAAUGCAGCAGAGCAGAAAUAAACCAACACGGAAAUCUGUCAUUAUUCUUAUAAGGCUUUAAAAAAUAUUUUUGCCUAUUUUCGCCUAUUUUUUGCCUAUUCAAAAUCUAUUAAAAUGACUGUGGAUGUUCAACAAGCUGCUACUAGCUGUGUUGGGAAGCAACAAAAUUCAAAAAAUACUUCUAAAACGUUUCAGUUAACAAUCUCUUUAAAGUAUGUUGUUAAGUUUAGAAGUGAAAAUUACAAUCAGAUCUAUAGCCUCAGUCAGACCUCUGACUCUCUCACUGACACCUUAUGAGAGAUCCCUCUGCCCUAUUUACAGCCGAGAGCCUACUUUAUGGAGUGGCAUUUGAAGUCAACGUCGCUUCGAAGACUUCUUCCUAGACCUCUUCUAUGAUUCAUUAUACGCUUCUUAGAGGCCACUGGAUGCCUAGUAGUUUCCAAUGCCUUGAGCCUACCUUCGAACUUAUUACGAACCCAUACUUGAGAAGUAGCUAUUAACUAAAGAUAAUAUGCUCGUCUCGUAAAGACUUGAAAUCCCCUCAAUUUUUAAUUUUUGAAUACAAAGACUGCAAAAGAUACAAAUAAAAUAAAUAAGUUUAGAAAUGUAGAGGAUGGAGCAAAUAAUGUUACGUUCAAACAGGAUGGUUCGAGAUUUCCAACCUCGCAAAGAACAAUAAAGCUUAUAACAAAUUGUAAAUACCAGAUUGUUUUAAGCAGCAAACCUGCUCAGGAAUUUACAAGUCUACACCUAGCUGGAAGUGAUUUGGAUCUCAUUCCAGAGAAAGGACAAGGCAUUGGAAGCUACUCAGCAAUUUGGGACACCGCGGGGAUUGAACCUACGAGAAGAGGUGGAAGACAAGAUAUUUUAUUUGUUCUAGAGGGUCAAAACCAAACCCUUACACAAAAAUUACAAACAAAAUUUUAUGGAAAACAGGAUUCUCAUGGAAUUGUAGGGCACAGAUUGGAGGCAUUGGUUUGGAACUGUGAAAUAAAUUUAAAUGGCCAAAUUAACGUAAAUGAUGAAAAA